AUGAGACUCAGGAUUCGACAUAAUCAGGUCUGAAAUUAUCGAUUUUUUUGGCUCAAAAUGAAAAUAAGCUGGAAAAUUGAAUUUUGCAGCUUCAUCAAUUGCGAAGCGCGAUUUUAACACCGUGUUCAGCACGUCCUUCUGUCGCGCCACGUCAAACAUCGCACCCAAAUCCCGAUCCGACACUUUGGACCGAUCCGACUAGUGAGUUUCUUAAAGGGAGGAUGGGUCUCGCCUGGUAUUUUUCGUGUACUUCUCUCGGACAAUGCAAAAACAGAAAAUUUAGCUUCUCCGAGAGAACUACACACGAAUUUUCAGAGCUAAAAAUUUAAUUUUCUAAAUUGUUCGUCUUUUCCGAGAGAACUACACGAUUUUGCUCUCAUUUUCCGAAAGAAGUACACAAAACAACUGUUGUGUACUUCUCUCGGACAAUUUUUGCAUUUCGAAACAAAUUUUUCGUAUAUUUUCAGGCUGUAUGCGCCUGCCAAAUUCAUUGGCAAAAGCCCUCUAUCAAACGCAAAACACCGUGUCAAAACGAACAUUUGGAAAUAUGGAGGUGAGCGAAUUUCCUAGGCCACGACCUAAUUUUCCAACAAGAAAUUCUAGGCCCCCGAAUUCCGCCCGAAAAAAGUCCUGAUUUUGUCGAAACUGACGAGAUAUGAAUUCGAGAAGAAAGUCAAUAAAGGAUGCGAUGAUGCACAAUUGGCGGGAAUUGUGAGUUUUUUUACAACGACACUCCGCGUUGACGCGAUAUUUUUGAUCUACGGGUCAAGGCGAGCAUUUUUAUACCAAACGACACUCCGCAUUUACAGCUCCGAAAACGUGGCAGUGACUACAAUCGUCUACUCGAAAAACACAAAAUUCAUCAUAGCUACCUAAACACCCUACAAAAUGAGUUGAAGUAAGUGUUCAAACGAUGCUCCGUGUUUACACCACGCUUUUACAGAAACGCUGGAAUCGAAUCUCGAUUAGUCCGAAGGUUCGGCUACACUCAAGAAGCUGUCGAUUGGGCUGAUGCUGUAUUUUCGGCGGGCGGUGAUGGCACAUUUUUGAUGGCCAGCAGUAAAGUGAAGACAAAAAAUAAGCCGGUGAUUGGAAUCAAUACGGAUCCGAGUGGAAGUGAGGGAUAUAUGUGUCUGAUGCGAAAAUUGCCCGAGGAGAAUUUGGCAGCCGCGCUCAGACGACUUUUUAGCGGAGAUUUCGAGUGAGUACGAUGCUCCGCGUUGACAUUUUGAUACUAAACAUGCUAUUUAAACGAUGCUCCGCGUUUACACUUCGUGAAAUUUCGAAAAUCACGUCGUUAGACACCAGACUUGCUAUAUUUCGAAUUUUAAACGAUGCUCCGCGUUUAAAGUGUGUGAAAUUUCGAAAAUCACGUCGUUAGACACCAAAAAUGAUCAUUGUUACGACACUCCGUGUUUACACCCCCUUUUUUACCGCGAAAAUUGAAAAAUUCAAAAUUUUUCUAUUGAGUAAUAGGUCGCGGGUUCGAUCCCGCUAGUGAAUUUUUUUUAAAUUUUCAUCAUUUUUUCGAUCAAAAAGUGAUGUUUUCGAAAAGUGUCUAGUUUGAUUGAUGAUAUAAUCCGGUUCUUAUAAUAUUUUUCAUAUCAAAAAUGAUGAAAUCUUUUGCAAAUACACAUAUCCACGUGGCAACCAAAAAUUUUGCAGAUGGCUCUAUCGCCAGCGAAUUCGAAUAACUGUGACUGGCGAGGCUGGAAUCGGUGACGCCAUCGAACUUCACGAUCAACAACUGAAUCGCGAUCCAUCGACGACUCGCUGGACAGAUAAUCCACGUUGUCCCGCAGCGGAUCAGGAAGAAUGUAUGGCACUUUCGCCGCCGUUGUGAGUUUUUUGUGCCAGGGUUUUUGCAAAAAGGGGCGGAGCUUUGAGGAAUUUGGAGCAUUUUGAGACUAAAUAUGAUAGGAAAACUGUGCCUGACAUUGCAAGAAGGGGCGGAGCCUAUUGCAUACAGUAUUCGGGCUCAAAAUGCUCCAAAAACUGUUUUUUUUUUGCAGAAAGGGGCGGAGCCUAUUUCAUACCGUAUUCAAGCUCAAAACGCUCCAAAAACGAUGUUCUUUUUUGCAAAAAGGGGCGGAGCCUAUUUCAUACCGUAUUCGAGCUCAAAAUGCUCCAAAAACUGUGCCUUUUUUUCAAAAAAUGGCGGAGCCUCUAAUAUUCCAUAUUCGAGCUCAAAAUGCUCCAAAAAAUGAGCCGAACAUUAUCCUGAUCCCCAAAAACCCUCAAUUGUUAUCCAGAAAAAAACGAACAAUCUCAUCGGACGAUUUGAGUGAGGAACGAGUUCUGGAAACUGCCGAAUUGCCAGUUUUGGCUCUCAACGAAGUUUUUGUCGGCGAAAGUCUCUCCUCACGUGUUUCCUACUAUGAAAUUGGCCUAAAUGACGAGAGAAUGGUGAAGCAGAAGAGUUCGGGAAUCACGAUAUGUACAGGUUGGAUUUUUUGAAUGCGGCAUGCUUUUUGGGGCGUGGUUUAUUUUUCCUGGUCAAAUUUGCAUCAUUUUAAGCCUAAAUUUGAUGCGGCACGGUUUUGUGGGCGUGGCUUAUUUUACAGUACCCCUUUCCCCCAAAAAAUUAUCGAUUUUUCCACAGGAACCGGUUCAACUUCAUGGCAUUUCAAUAUAAACAAACUCACCGAACAAUGUGUACAGGAUUUGAUGCGAAUAAUUUCCAAAGAAUAUCACGUUCAAAUUCCGGCCGAUGACAAAAAUGCGGUCAGCGAGAUUUGCACGAAAUUCAAUCAGCAACUCAUUUUUGACCCCGAUCGGAAACGUGAGUUUUUUUCGCGAUAUGAUUUGGAGCAUUUUGAAUAUAAAUGUGCCGGGGCUUGAAUUUGACGGGAAAUUCAGUUUCGAAACAAUUAUCAAAAUUUUGAAGAAAAAUUCGAAAGUUAGGUUUAUCAUGUAUCAAAAUGCUCCAAAUUUUGAAGAAAAUUCCAAUUUUUGCAGAACUCGCCUUCACAGUUCGUGAUCCAAUCUUCAAUGCCACUUUCCCGCCCACAAAUCCACGUGGAUUCGCCGAUAAAAUUUGUAUAAAAUCACGUGGAUACGAUGCGCAUUUAGUCAUCGACGGUGCAAUCUCAUAUCGAUUUAAUGAUGGAUCUGAGGCAAAAAUGGAAGUGAAACCCGAAGAUGUGCUAAGAACUGUUGUUUUUCGAUGA